CAAACACUUGAACUUUGAAGCAAAACUAAAAUAAAAAGGCCAAAAAUCCCAAAAAUGCAGCUUUAAUUAAAUUAAAUAAAACCAAAUUUGUAUCGUUAAAGCACCUAAACACUCCAAUUCACCUAUUAAUAAUAAUGCCUCAAAAAAUCCUAGAAGAAUUCUACUUAAAAAACAAUUUUUCUGUAAGGCCGAAUGGUAGUCAAGGACUAUGGGCCUUGUUCCUAUUGCCUAUCACGUUAAUUGUCUCUUCAUUAAGCCACCCAAUUAUUCUUACACCCACUUACAAAUUAACCACGGUAAUUGCAUUUGCGUUGCUUUGCAACUCGGUUUAUGUGGUUGUAAAAUGUCUCAACAACGAAAGGUUGAAAAUAAUCAACGUGUGGAUGUUGAUUAUUGCAUUUAUUACCGGGUGUUUGUUUAAUGUUUGGUUACAAAAGGGUUGGGGUUUUGCAAUUGCAAGUGGCUUAGGUUGUAGUGUAUUUUUUUUAAAAUGCUUCAAGUUUUUACUUGGAACUUUGACUGAAAGUUUUACUUUGGGUGAGGCUGGUUUAACAGCACAAGGCCUUACUUUAUUCAUUUACAGCACUGUGUUGAACUUAAAUAAUCCUAAUUUGUUGAGGAGUAACAUGCAAAUAUCUACAGUUAUCAUACAAAUUGGUUUAUUAGGUAUUAUCACAUUGGCUUAUGUGCUUUAUAAAUUCAACAUAAGACAACCUAAGGCAUUUUAUUUGACUGCAAUUGUUACGCUUACAAUUACCAUUAUAGUUCCUUUGCACGUUAUUUUGGGGCAGAGCCCCGUUUUGUGGAUAUUUGGACAAGUUUUAGGUGAUGUUUUAUUACUUAAAUUAUUUGCCUAUUGGACUUUGUGCAUAGCUGUUGCCAUUUUGGCUGUGAGCAACCAAAUUUAUUAUGCCAAAAGAGCCUCUACCAGUACCAGAAAAGUGUUUCACGUAUUGGCAGUUUUGGUUUACGUGCCUGGCCUUUAUUUUCGUUGUUCGUUUUUGUAUUUGGCCAGUGGAGUUGUUUUAGGGGUGUUUUUUGUGCUAGAGAUUCUAAGACUGUUAUCGAUUCCUCCCUUAGGCAGUCGCCUGCAAGACGGCUACAUUGUGUUCAGCGACGAUAAAGACACAGGACUAUUAGCUUUAACACCGAUUUAUUUGUUGGUGGGUAUUUCUCUGCCCAUUUGGCUUCAUCCCUCGCCAUGCGACGUAACAGACUCAGCUCAAUUCGGUCUUCUACCUUUACUUAGCGGCCUAUUGUCGAUAGGUAUUGGAGACACCAGUGCUAGUUACAUUGGUUCGAAUUUUGGCAAGUUUAAAUGGAAGGAUUCACUUAAAACUAUUGAAGGAACUUUGGGGUGCGUUUUGAGCCAAUUGGGUUUUGUUUAUUUGCUGUUUUAUUUAGGUGUUUUGUGGUUUUUGACCUUUGAGCACGUUAUCAGGAUAGUGAUAGCGGUUAUUGUUGGAUCGUUGGUCGAGGCUAAAACAACACAAAUUGAUAAUCUAGUCCUUCCUCUUGUUAUGUAUAUUAUUUUGGUAUAGAAAAAUUUAUACAAUUUUAAUAAAUUAGUUUUUGUUUUUUUCUGCCC